AUGUCGGAUAUCGAGCAAGAAGAUACAAGGGUGCAAACUCCUCUGUACCGCGAAUCGCGUGAAGUCCGCGUCAAAAAGAGUCAACGGUUAUCGCUGUUAAAUCGCUUGAAGGCUCUCGAAAUACCGUCGGUUCAGCUUAGCGCGUUAUCAGCACCACACAUAGAGGCCAAACUAGCGCUAAUCGAGCGCUACUACAAUUCAUUUGAGGAACUACAAACGCAGCUGGAGAUUUUAGAUGACACCGAGCUGGAUGAAGAACAUCGCCUGACCAUGGAUGAGAGCUAUUGUAGGGCUAAGGCACUGUACAGUGAAAGGCUAUCGUUUUUACGAACCAACUCAUCCGGAAUGCAGCUGAGUAGCACCCACAUCACACAACAACACAACACAUCUUCAUCGCGACAGAGAAUAAAUUUGCCGAAGUUAAAACUAUCGACGUUCAAUGGCUGCUACCGCGAGUGGCUGGAUUUUUACAAUAUCUUUUUGGUCCUCGUCGACAAAAAUCCAGACCUCUCGGAUAUUGAAAAAUUUCAAUAUCUGCGCUCAAGCCUUUCAGGGUGCGCAGCUACCCUCAUACAAUCAUUAGAGGUGACCAACGCAAAUUAUAAGAAGCCGCUGCAGCUACUUGAAUCCCGUUUCGACCAUAAGCGGUACAUAUUGCAGUCGCAUCUUCAGCACAUCUUCGACACACAACGCAUCACCACACCCACCGUUGCUAAUCUUCGUAGCUUCGUCGACGUCAUAAAUGCAAACAUGCGUGCCAUGCAAUCGAUGGCAACAUCCACACAAAUUGGUAACGGGCUACUGCUUCACUUGGUCGUUUCAAAGCUAGACCAUGAAACGCAAGUGAAAUGGGAAGAAGAAGUGGCUGCGAAGUGGGACCGACCAUCACACCAGGUAUCCCUCAUGCUGCCAGCAUGGGAAGAUCUUGCAGCGUUCCUCGAACGUCGUUGCCAACUCAUCGAUAUCAUCGAUCACAGCGCUACUUCAACCAAAUCGUCGCAUCGGUCACCAGAACCAACAUCAUCGUCGCAAUCAAAGUCUCGUCAAUCACCAAAGCAAGUAUCGUUCAUCACCACCAAUAAACCAAAAUGCAAUUUGUGUGAAGGCUCUAUCAGUCAUAAUGCCUUCAACUGUUCCGUCUUCAUGAAGCUGACACCAGUACAACGCUACGACGUAGCAAAGAAGAAGAGUCUGUGCUUAAACUGUUUGGGUCCGAAUCAUUCGUCGAAAGACUGUCCGUCCACGCAUAGAUGUCAAGUUUGUCGGGCGAGUCAUCACACCCUAUUGCACCGUUCGCAACCAACCACAACCAAUCCACAAUCAUCGUCUUCGCCACUGACACCAUCCAACACCAUGAAGUCAACUUCGACACCAACAGUGCUUCAGGUUUGUGACAGCAACAAAGAGGUUCUACUUGCGACUGCCGUGAUUCAGCUUCGUAGUCAAUCGGGUACAACGAUUUUCGCUCGUGCACUGCUUGAUUCCGCCUCGCAGUUGCAUUUCAUAACUGAGCGCUUGGCUCAGUUACUUCGUGUACAUCGCAAAAAGGUUCCACUGGAAAUCAGUGGCAUAGGAUUAUGCGGAUCAAGGUCGCAGUUCCUAUGCAAGGUGGAGAUACGCUCUCAACACACAGCAUAUUCAUCGACCAUAGAUGCGGUCAUCAUGAACGCAAUAACGACAUGCCAACCGCGCACACCACUGAACACCAUCGCAUGGAACAUACCAAAGAACAUCAACUUGGCUGACGAUAAUUUCAACAAGCCAGGCCCAGUUGAUCUUCUGCUUGGAGCGAGCAUUUUUUAUGACUUGCUGUUGAUUGGACAGAUCAAGUUGGGCGACAAUGUGCCUGUCCUUCAAAAAACUAAGGUUGGGUGGGUGGUCGCUGGAGCUGUCACAAUCCCACCACUUAUAUCUUCGGCGUCAUUGGUCGCAUCAUACACCACCUCAGUAGGCACCGACUGCAUACUAUCUAACGCAUGGCCAUCGCAAAUCUCCUUUGAUUCGAAGGUAACGGAAGCUUCGUCACUCACCUUGGAACCGUCACUUGAUCAGAUUUUGGAAAGGUUUUGGCUUAUCGAACACAAUCCACAUCAAACACCACCAAGUCUAACUGCUGAUGAAAUUGAGUGCGAAAAAUUCUUCGCAGAGACGACAAAGAGAUGCCCCAACACCAAUAAGUUCAUCGUUCGUUUGCCUUUUAAGGAAUCACCAUAG